AUGUUCUUCGAUGACCGGGCGGAAUGGACCUUGACCACCAACAGUAAACAACCAAGCUUCCAGCAGAAACAAUGUGCCAACUUGCAGCGAUGGGGUCAACCACAAAAGGGUUUGACCACCGAAUGGCAGAGGAGCUACCAGAUCUUGGCUUACCACACCAAGAACCCUAAAUAUAUACAGGCAUACAAUGCAAUGUACAAUAUUUCGAAGGGAGAAACAGUACAACUAGCGUACCGAGCAGCUUUACCUUUUGAAAUCCAGAGACAAAAACAACCCUUGAAAAAUUGCCUUAUCGCUUGCUUUGUGGUUCACAUUGAUUUUGCCUUGAGCUCUGUUGUGUACUACUGGCGGCCUCUAAUUGUUCCUACCGGUGUUCUCGGUCCAUAA